AGUAGUAGUAGGCCUGCGAACCGGCAACCACGAAGGUCAUCAACGGCUCCACACCGACAACCAACUUUCCGACACCCCCCACAUGGCCCCGCGCAGGCACUUGGGCCCAACGCCUGCCCUCAUGGGCCUCGAGGCCCUCGAAGAGGCCGGCGUGACCAGGUGCUGUGUGCCCUCGGGCGACUGUCUGCGCGCCCAACAGGCCCUCAACGACAACGACCACGUGCUCAUCUGCCUGGACGAUCUGCGGGACACUGUGCGCGUCACGUGCAACAACGACGGCUGCCACUCGGGCCGGUACAUGCACCGCGAGUGCUUCGACCAAUGGGAGCAGACGGUCCUGGCGUACCUCAAGACCUGCGGCAGGGCCAGGUCCUGGUCGGAGCGCCAGCGCCACCAGAACCUCUGGACGAAAAAGGGGUACGACCUGGCGUACAAGGCUUGUGCGUGCAAGUGCGGGCGAGGGCACCUGAAAAAAGACUUGGACUGGAUGCCACCGCCUCCGACGAGCCGUAUCUUCGGCAGGCUCGAGGACAUGGACGCUAGUAAGAAGAAGAAGCGGAAAAGCAAGCCGCAGAGACCGAGUUUGAGUAUCAAUACUAAUGGACAUGGCAUGGGGAGCGAGAUCAGAGCGAGAGCGGGUAGUUUGUCUUGUUCCAGCACUGGCUCUUCGAGUCCACCUUCCUCGGGCAGCGAGCCCAGUGUUUCUCCCAUUCACGGGCAUUGCAAGAGGAAGAACAAGAUGGAAUUGAACGAGAGGAUUCGAAUUGGUGGUGGAGCGAAUGGUAUCUUCACUAGGCGACUGGACUUCAGUUCAUUCAACGCCCUACCCAAAAAUAAACUGAAUUCUUAUCAAAUAAAGACCGAAGACGAAGGAAACCAUGGCAACGACGACACGAGAUGCUUCAUCCUGUCAACGUUGGCGUCUCAAGGUCGUUCCAAAGUGCAGUGCGUCCUUUGCGAGGAGCAACUGCUCGUCUUCGACAGAUACCCCUUGGUCGAUGGCACGUUUUUUCUCAGUCCAAGACAACAUGCGAAAAGUUGCAUUGAGGUGAAAGUCGAAGGUCGCACCCAAUUCCUCACGGUCGUCUGCAUGGGUUGUUUGGAGGGUGUCAACGGUAGAGGUAUCGCCUGCCGCUUCUGCAACCAGAAAUGGGACGGUUCCUCCCUGGUGCUGGGCACCAUGUACUCCUACGACAUCUUCGCAGCUAUGCCCUGUUGCACCGAGAGAAUAAAGUGCAACUCCUGCUACAAGCCUGUCCUGCACCCUGCCCAGCGCCUCAACUUCUUCAGCGACUACAGCCACAUGGUGCCCUGCCCGCACUGUCGCACCCUCGACACCCACUUCGUCAAGCCCUUGGGCUUCUGCUACAGCCGCCAGAUGGCGCGCGCCCUGCAUGUCGCGUGGCCAUAGCGAUCGGCCAAGGCGGCCACGCCGACGAUUACGCCCACGCCCAAAAUUGUGCCCGCGCCCAUGUUUGCGCCCACUCCCACACUUGCACCCUCGCCCAUGUUUGUGCCCACGCCCACGCUUGCGCCCCGGCAGCCGGCUAGGUGCCCGGAUCCGGAUCCGCUGGAUUUGGAUCUGGGCGUGCUGUGGCGCGAGUUGGCCGGUAUCAGGCUAGACGAGUUCUGCAGGCUGCAGUUGACCAGGGCGCGGUAGACGGUUUUUAGUUUUAUUUGUUGUUUUUUCAGUUUAUUUUUUUUGUGUGGGGGAGCUUCGUUCGUUCUGAUCUUGCGGGGGUUGGGUCCCGAAAACCUAGAAAUUAUCAUUCGGGAUGUUGUAAGUACAACCUUGUAGAACUAUGGUGUCAAAAGAUUCAACGUCAGCCCAGCAAAUCUUUCAUAAUCCAACGUUAACUUUUUUUCAAACAGAUGUUUUGAGUGUAUUUCAGCUUUCAAUAAAUCUGAGAAAUAAUAACUUCAUCUGAUGUGAACUUCCAAGGGAGGAGCUGAAAUUGCACUUCCAGUAUAGUUCAGAACCAAAUAAAUAAUGCGCAGCAGGUGAAAUGUUUGUUCACAGGUAUCACUAGCUACAUAUUCCAGUCCAUUUUAUGACAAUGCCGAAAAAUAAUCACCCAAGAUUAUGGAAACUUUUUUUCUAUACAUAUUUUCAUUUUUCAGAAUACAUGUUUGAUGCCUGUACUGAUUUGAGGGUGUACGGUAUUUAAAACUUGAUAACAAUUUACAGUGGGUAGAAAAUGAGAAAUCAUCGAUUCCAAUUUUUAUUCUUAUGGUUCAGCCCAGCUUUCUAGUAAACCAAUUUUUCGAUAAUUUUGUAGAACA